UAGUUCUCUUAGUAAAUUACCUGUGUAAAACAGGUUCCUUUGAAAUAUUUCUAGACGUGGGUUAUUCUGAACAGUUCAGCUGUUAAUUUUUAUAAAGUGGGAUUAAACGUUCAUUGGAUAUCUAAAAAUAGAUCCACGGAAAAUUUCGAAGUUUACCGAACUAGUGCGCAGCCGGUACGAGUUUCACGUCAAUCUGUCGAUUAUCGCUUGAAGGCAAACACGGUUCGCGUCUAGUAUCUCGCUUAAAUUUGUUUAGUUUUUAGUUUAAGUUUGUUUUUUAAAUUAACAGAAAGAUAUGAGGAUGGAUGAGGAUGACUUUUCGAUCGGUACUAGUGGAAUAGUGGCGGAAUAUAUUACUUAUAAAGUACAACAAGCUGGAUUUGAUUACCAAGUUUCGCCAACAAGGAACUGCCCUAAUAACAAAGUAAUAGACACUGUGAAGAAACUGUGCAGCGAGUUUGAGAAACGGUACGAGUCGCAGUUUACCGAAAUGUGCGAAACUUGCUCGCAAGUUGAAUUAAAUUCUGCAAAUUAUGUAGCUGUUUUGGACCAAUUAAUUGUCAACGGACUUCAUUGGGGUAGGGUUGUUGCAAUAUUUUCAUUUGCGGGUGCUAUGUCAGUGUACUGCAUGAAAAAGAACCAGAAAGAGAGGGUUGACUGGAUCCGAGAGUGGACUUGCCAGUUCAUGGACAGUAAAGUAGAAAACUGGAUAAAUGAAAAUAAUGGAUGGAGAGGACUUAUAGAUUUUUACACGAAUGGCAUCAAGAAACCAGAAGAAAAAACAAAUGGAUGGGGAUCUGUUCUCAUCGGUGGUGCCCUCGGAGCUUUUGCGCUCGGUGCGCUCAUAAUCAACAAGGCAUGAAUGCUAGAUUAGCCUACACUUGCUGUAUUUCAAAUUUAGAUCUAUUUUAAAAUUCGUAGUAUAUUGUGAAUAGGUCAGUCGAUACGGGUAGGACAGGAUUCUACUGUUCGAAAGUGCACUUCUUCCGCGUGAUCGUAUAUGUGCUCGGAUUGGAGACAGACAUUUGGGACGAUUAGAAGUGAUUUUCGAACGGACAACAAGAAAGGAGGGUUGUAAAGAAUACAAGGAGGUGAUUCUGCUUCAAAGAACAGAGAGAUACCCCCACAAUUAACGUGCUAUAAAUGACACGUGAGAAUCUAUGGCCAGUGCAAUACAAACUCAUAAAGUGCUUAAUAGAAGAGCUUAAACAUUAAUACUGGUUACGGAAGUUCCAGUUAGCUGAAGAAAACAUUGUAGAAAAACAAAACAAAAAAAACAACAAAAAACUAUAAAAUUAUUUUUAAAAAUGUGUUAUGUAGAAAUUUUAAAAAGUAUAAAAAAAGCAAAAAUAAAAAAAAUGAAAAAAAAAAAAUGUUUUGAGAUGUUCCAUGCCAAUAUUGAUCAAAGAAAAAAACUUCAUAUUUGAUCAGACAUUUAACUUGACAAUAUUAUGCUUGAUAUAGUGAUACUGCUUGUAUACAUGUAGCAGUAAAUGUUACCAGAAAACGCAUUUCAAACUAACUUUUCCCCAUUUGUUUAUCAUUUAUCAUUUCAGUAUAAUUUCAUAAUAUAUAUAUAUUGUAUAUUGUUAUAAGUACAAAACACAUAAAUGACAUUACAUACAUGCUACCAUUGUUUAGUAAAGUACAUUGUACAUGAUAAAUACACUCGGCCCUAAAAGCCUAAGUAUGUUUUUCCUUUUCAACAAAUAAAUUGAUUGUUUUGAAAAUGUUAUCAUAAGAAUCAAAUAUAAGGAUUUGUUAUCACUUCAUUACGUAAUUUAUUUAUUACAUCGCCAUCUUGAACCAAGAGUCUAGUUUCAAUUCUUGGAAAAAAAGUGUUUCGUGUAUAUUUAUAGAGUUAAUGUAAUGUCUGUUUGUUUUGCUGUCUAGGUUUUAUCUACAAUAAACCACAAGUAUUUUCCUCUGGGCAUACUUGAUCACAGUUCAUGUGUAUGUAAACCAUAUAUCUAAACUUAAUUUGUUUUAAGGAUUUUCUUAUCAAUAUUGGAUGUGAUUUGGUACUUUAUCUACAUUUUUAUCCAUUUUGGUCUUUUGAAGUUCAUAUAGAAGAUACAUGUUUGUAUAUCACAGAGGAUCCAUUAUUUUUGCCAGAUUAGAUCGGAACAGAAUAGAACAGACACUAAGUUAGAUAAUAUAACAUUUUAUUAACAUUAUUAGGGUUAGAAUAACGAAAGGCCUCUAAGGCAGGCGCAACUUUUUCCACCGAACUGUGGUGGUAGGUUAUGUGUAAACUGUUCUUACUGUGGCUAAAGACAAUAGAUAUAGAGUUAACGAAAUUAUUUUAGAGAUAUUUUUUUCCGCUUAAAUGUCUUAUACAAUGUUGUCAGAUUGACAUAAUAUGGUCAGACAAAUGUAUAUGUAAGUAAGUCUGUAAGGUCUCUUAAUGAAAGAAAAGCUUCAUCUUGCG